AGGAAUUUAAACGGGAUUCUUUCGAAAAAAAAUAUGUAAUAAGAUCAACAGCCCCUGGUUACCAAACAUCAUAUAUUGCCAUCUCGCAUUGCGUGUGUGUGUGUCUUUGCUUGUGCGCGUAUUUGUAUCAAUUCAAUUCAAAUCCUCGCUUCAGUUUUCCAGCAUCUCUUCAGGACGAUGAAGCUUACAUGUGUUCUCUUAUUAUUGUCCCUCGUAUUAUUUGCACAGAGUUCGAAAGCCGGGGACUCGCAGAUAUUGCUGAGGAACAAAAGGCAUCUCAUUUAUCCACUCAGAGCUCUCUGGAAGUUGAUCAUUGGCUUGGCCAUUCCAGUGAAAUUGGGCAAGAAACAGUCGCUCGGUAUUGGAUGGAAUCUGCAGUUUCAGUAUGGACUUCCGACGAAAAGUUCUGAAGUUAUCAAAUCUUAUCCUCCGAUCAUAUCCAAAGAAGCUAAGAGAAGCGUUGAUGAGGAUGUUCCAAGUCAGAGGGAAUUGCUUUAUGUUGCUAUAGAAUCAAUGUUGGAUAGAGACGGUGUAAACGGCAGGGAUUGCGUCCUGCGUACGAUUUGCGACAACGCGAUGAGCCCUUUGCAUCACGAGGCUAAUGGAUUGUACGGGGAACUGCUGCACAUUGCCCUCACGCCGAACUACAGUCGAGAUGGGCAGGCGGAACACGGGGCCGAAGCUAUUGAUGAGAUUUAUUUGGACGCCCAAAGGGCCGGCAACUACGGCGUCGACUGCAUCUCCCUUUAUCCCGGAUGCCCUUCGGGCCACGGCAUCAUGGAUUCGACCUCGAUAUUGGAUUAUUGAACUUCUCUUCUCUUUUCAUUUUGAUUUAACGCACCGAAUCCAUUCAUUACAUGCACGAGAUCUCAGUAGAUGAAAUGAUCAUUUCAUUUAUUUCGCAAGCAAUUACAGACAUUACACCAGAGGUUCACAAACUAUGCGAAUAUUAACUUAAAGUUUGCCAUGAGAACAAUAUUUUGAAUUGGUGGCGUUGCAAACGGAAAAAAGUUUGGGAACCCCUGCUUUACACAAUUUCAGAUAUUUUCUUGAACUACUAUUUAAUUAUUUAUUUAAAACAUCA